AUGGCGGGCGCCAUGUGCAUGGGAGGCAGGAAGAAGACCUGCACCAUCUUCGUGCUCGCGGUAGACAACGGGGCUCCAACACCCCAACCCUGCAACAGAGAGGGGCGGACUAACCACCACCUACCCCCGCACCCACACAUGCCGAAGUCGAGCGGCACAAGCAACCCCAGCAAGCGGAUCAUGGCGACCACACUAGGGGGAAGGGACGUUGCGCCACUACCACUCCCGCCUGGGAAAUCAAUGCCUGCAACAAAGCGAGCUACCUCCGCACGAGGACCCACCUCACACUCACCUGCCACCCAGCCCGCAUCACCGCGACACAGACAACGACAAACUCAGGUGACCAAACCCGAGCUACCAGUCAGGCCUGACACCAUCCCCCCCAGAAGACCAACAGAAGCAAGUUUCAUAACCACCCUGAAGCCAGCCUUCCCCACAGAGAAAACCCGGGUAACCCCUCCGAUACACCAGGGGGCCAGAACUCUUAUAGCGACCUACUUAAGUCACACGAGCAAAUUAUCUAGCAUUCUGUUUUAUGUGGUAACCCUAUAUACACGUAGUUUACACGGCACUUACAAGCACACACUCACAGACAUCGCUGCCCUAAAAGCAACGCACAAACCAGCACACAGCAUCCACACAGCAGCAUAUCCAUGA